AUGGAUACAUUAAACAUGCCAAGUCUCAUCACUUCACCAUAUUCAUCAGUACUGACUAACGCAAGUGAACAGUUUUGUCGUGUGGAUGACUGUUCAGAUUCAGCUUACUAUUAUCAAGCGUUUCGUUUGAAAAUCUCUAUUACCGGAUACUAUUCUUUUAAAUCGAUCAGUAACAUAGACACUUAUGGUUAUAUGUACAACAACAGUUUCGUUCCUCCAGAUCCAUCACAACAUUUAUUAGCAAGCAAUAAUGAUGAUGCUGGCAAUCAGCAAUUUCAUUUAUACAUAAAGCUUGAUACUACAUCAACAUACUUUUUGGUUGUAACAACAUUUAACCGAAAUGUAACAGGACCAUUUUCAAUAAACGUAACUGGUUUGGGAUCAGUCGCAUUUUCUCCAAUGAAUGCAUCAGGUAAGAACCCUAUUCAUUCCAGAACACUUCUUUGAUGAAACAAAAUCGUCAUCAGAAGAUAGAUGCGUCAA